AUGACAGCUGAUAACGAAUCUAAUUUGUCCACCAAUGAGACUACCAAGCUCUUGCAGCAGGAUGCAUAUAGUACCGACUCAGCCAGCGAAGGCCUUGGUGGAUUCUCAGAUAGUAGUAGUUUUAUUGACAGCCCGUCUCCAGUGACAGCUUAUGGAACUCUUACGAAGCCCGACGAGGAAGAACAACGCGGAUCAGAGGAUAGCUUGGGUGAACCACCGCAACAAGUCUAUAACAAUGGCUUCAUUGCUAAGGUUGUAAUUGCUUUACUUGUUGGGGUAUUCGCUUCGAGCGCAGACGGUUCAUUGGUGAUCGCGACACAUCCUAUCAUAGCAUCAGAGUUUAACGAUCUUGAAAACUCUACCUGGCUGUUCAUUAGCUUCCUACUUGCCGGAGCUGCAACUCAAUCUCUUUAUGGAAAACUAAGCGAUAUAUAUGGCCGGAAGCCCGUCUUGCUGGUUGCUUAUGCACUCUUUGCUAUCGGAUCUGCUUUGAUUGGUGUUGGUCAAUCGAUGUGGCAAGUUAUAGUUGGCCGCGUAAUAUCAGGUUCUGGAGGUGCCGGAUUAAUGUCUUUGGCCGCGGUGAUUAUUACUGACCUGGCCCCUUUAAGAGAUGUAGCUUCGUGGCAAAGUUACCUUAAUGUUGUUGCUACUGUCGGCCGUAGCUUAGGCGGGCCUGUCGGGGGCUUCCUUGCUGAUACGAUAGGAUGGAGAUGGUCCUUCUUCGGACAGACACCGAUAUUCAUAUUUGCGAUGGUCCUUUGUGCAUCGGUACUUCCCAACCUAACGACAAGAGAAGGUCAAAUGGAUGCCGAAUCCACCAAGGGUCGGUUGGCUAGGAUCGAUUUCCUAGGUGCCAUGUUUCUCGGCAGUGGACUUCUAGCUAUCCUUCUACCACUGAGGAUUGCUGGACAAAGGGUGCCAUGGACAAGUCCUAUCAUCCCAUCGCUUUUCGCAGCAGGAGCUGUCUUAUUAACGCUAUUCAUCGUAACGGAGAUGCGCUGGGCGAAAGAACCUAUAUUUCCACUAAGGUUACUAAAAAACAGAGAUGUUGUUUUUAGUUACUUUAUCCUGGCUUGUCAGACGGCUGCCCAAGUCGGAAUGAUGAUAUCCGUCCCACUUUACUUCCAAGUUACGCAAAGGUCGUCGAGCACUGUAGCUGGGGCUCAUCUCAUGCCAGCUGUUAUCGGCAACACUAUUGGCGGUCUUUUGACUGGGGCCUGGAUCCGAAGAUGGAAAGGUGAAACCAAUUGGGCUGAAUCCUUAUAUAUUUUCCCAGGCGGCUUCGGUACUGGUAUGUCUCUGAAUGCGGUUUUCGUUGCUCUCCAAGCGGCAAUAAAUCCUAUGGAUAGAGCGGUGGCGGCAUCGGGUUUGUAUCUGUCUAUGCCUAUUGGAUCGAUCUUGGGCAUGGCCGGCUGCAACGCCGUCAUGCAGGGGAUAAUGCCAGUGGACUUGGCGUCGAGAUUGCGUGGUAUUGGUAUAGAAGGGAUUGAAGCGGAGAAGAUCAUCGAACAAGCUACUGCGCGAGUUGACUAUCUCGACGAGGCGCCGAAGAAAAUAGCCAGAGCAGUUGUACAGUCAUAUGUUCGUGGACUUGAGUUCAGUCACGGUAAAAGAAUACCAUCAACUACUAUGCCGGUACGAUCGAUGACUAACUGA